CCCAGCCUUUACAUGAAAUGUCAAACCUUAUUUACAACGGAAACAUUGUAGAUUUUGUAUUUUGUGAAUUUUUAUUUUAUUUUAAAUAUUAGUAACGACACUGUGGCAUUGUCAUUCAAGAAAAAUGUCAAAAGUCGAACCAUACUCAGUAACAAACACACCCGACCUUGAUUCGAAGCGAAAGAGCAAAUCACUGCCAUUGGACUUCUUCCCGGAUUGCUGGGUUAAAGAUGAGGAGCGUAUGGAUGUUCUGUUCAAUCCAUUCCGUCCGAAAAACGUGAAUCCAGUCAACUACGAAUCGAAACUGAAAUUCUGGAAGUUGCUGAUCGUAAAAUAUUGCAACGAGAAGGGCAGUGCAAAUGUAUCCGAAUUCGAACUAAAAAAUUCGUUCAUGCGAAACGGCAGAAAACCGAUGUGCCUAUCGACUGUGCUGCAGGACAUGCUGAAUAAUCACGAAAUUGAAUGCCUGCAAAAAUACAUGACACCCGUUCAGCACAGUUGGAAAGGAUGGGCAAUUGACGUUAUGGUUAAGAAACCGGCAAGUUGGGGAUGGAAUGUCGUGAAGGAUCGAAUUUUUCAACCGAGUAACCAGGCCGAAGAAAUGGAAAAUUUUAUCGUGUUGGAAAGUGUAAAGAAACAUGGCGAAAUUUUACAGAACCACCACCUAAGAGGUGAGAUUCUGAUGCUUGACGAUGUAGUGAGUAAAUCGAACGAAGUUGGUCUGUCAGCUGAAGGCACUGAAUUUGCUCUGCACUUUCUUAAGAAGAGUCAACAAGCUGAUACUGCAACAAUAGAGCGCAACGUGAACGGCGAAACUGUGACGGUUGUGAAAUUUGCUAGAAUUGAUUCGAAGACCAACAUCACCGAGUCCGAUAAAGCGAUGUUCAAUUUGAAUCAAAUGGAACGAAUUUUGACCAAGCGAACGGAAGCGAUCGAGUCACAAAUCCACGAAAUGGAUGAGAAGGUCAGGUCGCUAGUACGUGAGAAGAAGAAGGAUAUGGCGAAAAAUUACUUGAAGAGGAAGAAAAUGAUGAUCGCCGAUCUAGAUAAACAACUUGCGCAGCUACAGCACGUUUCCACUCUGAAAGCAAACAUCGAGAAUGCCAAAUAUAAUGCUGGCGUUGUUGAAACGUACAAAAUGGGCGCCAAAGCCUUAAAAGAAAUCUACGAAGAAAAUGGCUUAACCGUUGACAAAGUGGAAGACGUUAUGCUUGACGUCCAAGACAUUGUCGACGAUCACGAUGAAAUUCAGAACAUUGUUGGCGGUGUGAACAUUGCGAAUGGAAACGAUGUCGACGAACUGGAACUGGAACGAGAGCUACAAGAUCUGAUUAACGAUGAUCGUAAUGACAACGAUACUGGGCUGCCACAACCGGAUCCAGACGAUUCGUUGGAGAGACGUUUGACUAAUUUGAAGGUACCGAGCUUCGGAGACUUAUCGUUACAGGACAGUGAACAAUCGCCAGUUCGAGGUAGUUAAAGGGAAUCGUUUU